AUGUUUGUCGAAGAAUAUCUCACAGUCCUCACCGAAUCCUUAAAAACAGUUCUGAAUCAAAUGCUAAGUAAAAAGUUUAAUGAUAUCGCCUACGAACAACAUUUAAAACAUUAUAUAGACAUCAGUAAAAAUAUAUUGGAACAUGCAAACUCUAAAGUAACGGAAGAAAAAGAAGUUUACUAUUGGAUGUAUACAAUAAAAAAAAUAUGUGCAAGAUUCCAAGAAAUGGCUUCUGUAUUUCUAACGGAUUUAUUGCAAGCCAGUCCACAAGAACUGAGCAGAAUAAAAGAUGAACUUAAUAGGAAACUUAUUAUAGCGACUGUGUUAGUCGAAAUGAAAUAUCAAACUAAACUCUGCGAAGAAUAUAAUUUUUGUCCAAAAUCACAUGAAGUUACGAAUUCUUUGAAUACUUUACUCGAAAAAUUUAAAACAACGCAUGAUGAUAAAGUUAGACUAUUCAUAAAGUAUUUCUAUGAAGCACUUUUCGAUACUUCUUUUUAUUCGCACGUGAGCGAAAAAUCUGCUCAUGAAUUACAGUUGAUAUUAAAUGAUAUGGCUUAUUCUAGUGAAGUACCAACUAAGGAUAUACUGAGGGCCGUACAAGAAGUUGUUAAAGCAAGACUGGAAGUUCUAAAAACUAAUAAAGGUCUAAAAAUGUCCCAUGAUGCAAUUCUCAUGCGUGUAAUUCUAUCAGAUAUGGAUUAUAUAUACAGCGUCCACCCAUCUGAUCCAUUUAAGAAAUUCUUCAAACAUUUCUAUGAUUGGGUAGGUGCUGAUGUUAAAAUUAGCAGAGUGAUUCGACAGACUAUGAACGAUAUCGGUACGGAAUUGCAGACUGCUCCCGAUGAUAUUUUAGUCAAAAUAAUAAGCGAAGUGAGAGUAUUUCUAGAAUUAACAGUAGAACCAGAAAAUAAAAGAUAA